ACCUUCUCUUCCCUGCUGCUGCACACCUUCUCCAGUGACUGCAAGAGGAUGUCAGGGGAGAUCUUUGAGCAGACCAUGCCCUCUGCUGGACACUGGAGACCCAGCCUCAGGACAGGUUUUCCCAGCAGCCCCAGUGAGUAUGUGACUCUGGCAGCUCAGACUGUGAUUGGCCAGGUUUUAGAGGGCGUGGCUCCACUGUCCGAGGAUGCCCGUGUCCAGGCUCUGAGCAUCACAACCACAGCUUUCAUGGAGGCCUGGAUGGAGCACAUCCUGAAACAGAGGAUCAAAUUCAGUGUGCAGGGGGCUCUCCAGCUGAAGCAGGACUUUGAUUCCAUCAGAGAGUUGAUCCAGUCUGACAGAUACGGUCUGUCAGCAGAACUCCACCAGCGCCUGCUCAGCCUCCGGGUGUUCCAGCAGGUGGACUCAGCCGUGAUGUGCCUGCUCCAGCAGCCGCAGGCCAAACCGUACCUGAGGCCCCGAGCCUGGGAGCCGUUCACUCGAUGCUGCCCGGCCAGCAGCAGAGACAGCAUGGACGCAGCAGGCGGGAGCAGUAUCACCAACCUGAGGAGCAUGGAGGGGGAGGAGCUGACUCCGUGUGGUCCUUCAGUGGUGACCUCUGACCUCCCUCCUCUGAACCCCCCCUCCCCUGGAGAGCCCUACCUCGCCCCCAGUGCCGCUCUGGGUGCUGCUCAGAGGGAGUGGCUGGAGCUGAGGAUCCACAGCAGCACCCCCCGCUGGAGGCUGCCGGGACUGCACUGCCUCUGGAAGUCUGAACCCUGACCACACACACACACACACACACGCACACACACACGCACACGCACACACACACACACACACACACACACACGCUCUUUGGAAUCAAAGUCGUAGUUUGAUGUAUUCAGUACAAACAUUUUAUUUUGGUUGUGAAUAUGUUUUGCAAAUAAGAAUGUGAAAACCCCCAUGUAUUAUUUGUAAUAAUGUAAGGAAGAUUUCAUAAUUUCUUUUAAAAUAUGUAAGAUAUUUGCUUUACCACU